UAUUAUCCAAAGUGAAAGGAGUGACAGAUAAUGAGGAAGCACCUUAUCUGAGUUAACAUGGCGUCCCUGGCUCUGCAAUUCAGCGGGUUGAGAUGUUCCCCACUCUCAUUUUCUCGCUUCUCAAAACCCUUCACUUGGAUCCAAACACAGAAGCGCGUUUCGCUUCCCAUAGUGAAUUCAAUAGCAAUAUCAAAUGCACAGAACAAAGAGAGGUUGAAACUUAAGGAACUCUUCCAUGAAGCCUACGACAGGUGCCGCACUGCUCCCAUGGAAGGUGUUUCCUUCACUCUCGAAGACUUCACUGUGGCUCUCGAUAAGUAUGACUUUGAUUCUGAAGUUGGCACAAAGGUUAAAGGUACUGUGUUCUGCACAGAUGCGAAUGGUGCAGUUGUUGAUAUUACUGCAAAGUCCUCAGCGUACUUGCCUUUGCAAGAGGCGUGUAUCCACAGGGUUAAGCAUGUAGAAGAAGCAGGAAUAGUUGGUGGGGUGAGAGAGGAGUUUCUGAUCAUUGGUGAGAAUGAAGCUGAUGAUAGCUUGAUCUUGAGUUUAAGGGCUAUUCAGUAUGAUCUUGCAUGGGAACGUUGUAGACAGCUUCAAGCAGAAGAUGUUGUUGUCAAGGGUAAGGUUGUUGGUGUAAACAAAGGUGGAGUGGUGGCUGAGGUGGAAGGCCUUAGAGGAUUUGUUCCACUGUCACAAAUAUCAACGAACUCAAGUUUAGAAGAGCUUCUAGAGAAGGAGCUUCCUCUUAAGUUUGUGGAGGUAGAUGAGGAACAGGCUAGACUUGUCCUCAGUAACCGCAAGGCCAUAGCCGGCAACCAGGCACAGCUAGGAAUUGGAUCAGUAGUUACUGGCUCUGUUCAAAGCCUGAAGCCAUAUGGUGCAUUCAUUGAUAUUGGUGGAAUUAAUGGCCUGCUUCAUGUUAGUCAGAUAAGUCAUGACCGGGUAACUGAUAUUUCAACUGUUCUUCAACCUGGUGACAUACUGAAGGUGAUGAUCUUGAGUCAUGAUCGAGAGAGAGGUCGAGUGAGUCUUUCCACUAAGAAGUUGGAACCCACACCUGGAGACAUGAUCCGCAAUCCAAAGCUUGUCUUUGAGAAGGCGGAGGAGAUGGCUCAGACAUUCAGAGAGAGAAUAGCCCAAGCAGAAGCUAUGGCUCGUGCAGACAUGCUUAGGUUCCAACCUGAGAGUGGAUUGACUCUCAGCGGUGAUGGGAUCUUGGGACCAUUUACUUCAGACUUGCCUGAGGAGGGAGUGGAUCUGAAUGAGGUACCACCAGCUCAAGGAUUAUGAUUGAGAAUUGCGCGCCCUUUUUUUCCUCCCUUUCCUUUCAUUGCUACAAUAUUGCUUGAAACAGUCAAAUAUUGUUGCUGAAUUAUAUCUUGACGUCAAUAAUUUGUAAGUUAAAUAAUUGGAUCUACUAAUAAUAUCGUUACACGAUAAACUUAAGGAACUGCACAAAAGUUCAAUCUUAUUUUCAUUUAGCACUGAAUAUUCAAACCAUUUUAUAAAUUUAAAAUAAAGUUACCAU